AUCAAAAGCUUUGCUAAAGCUGGCCGGCUUUGGGAGGACCCAAACCAACAUAUUUGCAUAUUUGUCAUUUGCUUAAUGAAUAUGCAAAUAUGCAAAUUACUGUUACCAGUCCUCUGAAAGCUCGCAAAUGGAUUUACUGGUCCCCAUAUCAAAAAGUUUGGGAACCCCUGCUUUAGAGAACAGGAUUACAAUUCAACGUGACCUUGAGAAAUUAAAGACUUGGGUUAAAAUAAAAAAGAUGAAAUUUAAUAAAGGCAAGUACAAAAUAUUACAUUUGAAAUAUUGCAUUACAUUUCUAAUAUAUAGUUACAAAUAGGGAAUAAUUAGCUACACUGUAAUCAUGCUGAAAAGUGAGCAUAUUUAGUCUUGAGAAAACAAAAAGGAGGAUAAGAUAACUGCCAUGUUGCCUUUUACACAUUUUUCUUCUUUUCUUUGCACAGAUGGAAUCCCAUUUAAAUUAACAAUUUCAUGAUGUAGCACAGAUUCAUUUGGUUGUUUAGGGAAUAGUCCCAGUUUUAUAAACUUCAGAUAAAGAUUUUUGUGGAAUGCAGCUUAUUACCUAUGCAAAAUCUGACUAAUAUUAACAAAGAUCUUAGAGAUACUGAGAUGAAAGAUGCUCUGGAAGUGUAAGUAUAGAUAUCCAUCAUUUUGGAAGAUUUCAGCACAGAGAUUAUUGCAUUUUGCAUAUUGGACCAGAAUGAAUUCAUCAUUAGUUGCUUAUGAUGAUUCAGAUUCUGACACGGAGACUGGAGAGGCUGAAAAUGAAAAUCUUUCUAGCCCAGAAGUUGGACUUGAAAAUUCUGCUAUGAAUCCUGUUCAGCAUUUUGCAUCUGGUGGCUUGAACACAAAACCUACACACAAAAUGCAGGCUGUUGAGUGUAUUGACAGUACUGGCAGAAGUAUUGUUUGUGAAGGUUCCCCUGCAUAUCAGAUACAGACUAAUAAGAUGGAUUUGUCAGACAUUUAUCCUUGGAAAGACUAUUCUAAUCAAGCUAACAAGUUUUCAGGAAAUGGCAGUUGCUCUCAGAAGAGAGUAAAUCAGGACAAGUUUGUUACCAUAAAGGGAAUUAGACCCUAUGUCCCCAAAAGACUUAGACAAGAAACAACUUCUCAAGUGUAUGAAAAAAAAGAAUCUGAAGAACAGAGAGAGAGUUGUGCAACUAAAGCUGGUAUACCAGAAGAGCAAAUUUCCACAAAGGUUUCUGAAUUUAUUAAGCCAUAUUUAGGGUCUAAGUAUAAAUCAACUGAAAUCCCAAGAAACCGGGUAUUUCAAAUGUCCAAACACAGCGGUCCAGUUAAUAAAAUCCAGUGGUGUCCUGUACAAGGAUGGAGCCAUAUGCUUCUCUCAGCUUCUAUGGAUAAAACUUUCAAGAUCUCCUGGAUGUGGUGCACUGUCCCACCAAGUGGCUUCGAGGCCACUUACAGAGAGAAUAGUGAAUCUGCUCUACAGCCUUAGGCAGCCAGCUUUUAGCUCAUGUGGUAUUCUGCCUGUUGAGAGACUGCGUUGCACUUUCCUGAAUAGGGACGGACUUAAUCAUGUAAUAUCAAGCCUUCCUGAAUUGGGGCCACCAUGUACAACCUAUUUAAUGACCAAUAAUGGCAAAAAUGCUGUUCUUAGUAACUCUUCAGUAACAAAUGCAAAAUAAAAUUAAGACUCUAUGGGAGGCUAUAAAUAUUUAAAAUAAACCUGCCUAAAGAAGAAAAUUAAAAUGUUCAUUAUAGAAUAAUUCUCAAAUGUAAUAUUAAGAAAAGUCCUCCAGCUGCGUGAGACUUCUGAAAUAUUUUAGAUAUUAAAUUUAAAAAAAUCUGUUAGCCAUAAAGUAUAGUUUAUUAUUAAAAAUUAACUAAAAAGUAUUUCAUUUUAUUUCUCAAAAGUAAAUGUAGGUUUUUAAUAGUGCUUAAGAUUACCACCUCUGAGGUGUUGAAAAUCUGGGUACUGACUACCACUUAUCACCAGAAACAGAUCACACUCCAACCAACAAAAAGUCUCUUAGUGUCAACUAUAGCAAAUUAUGACUAAAACGAUUGAGAUGUUUUACACACAUACAUGCCACUGUACUAGUGUUGCACCAUAUUAUUUUGCUUUAUCAUUUUUCUUAUCCUAAUAUGAUGCUUCUGUCUCAGACGACCAAGGUGUGAACUGUAGAGCAGGGUUUCUCAACCUUUUUCUUGUUGGGGCCUGCCCUCCUCAACGUGCUAUAAAAAUUCCAGGGCCCAGCAGGGUAGGAGGCGCUGGGGGAGAACUUUGGGCUCUUGCCUUGGGGGGGAGGGCUGAGGCAUAAAUAUAAGUUUACUUUUAUUGGGGGAGGCAAGGGUUGGUGAUGCUUAGGCCACCUCUGCAUAAGGGGAUCCAGGGAGGAGGUGCUAUCUUCACCUCCUGACUCAUCUCAGCAGGCCACUCAUAGGGUUGCCAGGUGUCCGG